AUGGUUCCAACACUAGAUGCUAUUAAGGGUGGUGGGGGCUCUGUUAGGAUAGGGGCCACCGGAACUGUCGGUUCUUUGAUGACCAGGGAAUUGGAUUCUGUUAAACGGUCACCACAGUCAUCAAAAUCUUCUCCAAGAAAAUCUCCAACACUCUCUGUCUCUGUUCCUUGUGUUUCUAGGCCUAAAAGGCUGCCAAGAACAACUGUGGUGAACGUAGCAAGCACUAGUGGCAGUAGCAGUAACCACAAAAGCCCUGGAAGUACUCGAAAAACAAGAUCAAGCGUCUUAAAGAAAUCACAUAGUAUCCCAAUGCUUGGCUCUGAUGAUACUAUUGUUGAUAAUAGUCCUAACAGAAAAAAACCUGAUAAGAAAGGAUCUUACAUUGUGGAAGUUGUUGAUCUAAAAUGUGGAAGCCAUGACAGACCAUGGUCCAACCCAAUCACUCACCAGCUCCGGAAACUCUCUUUUUCGAAGCUUUCAGAGAGAAUUGGCUAG